AUGUCAUCCACCACAAAAGAUAAGCUCAGCAAAUUCAAACAGCUACAGAAACAGCGAUCUCUAGCACAAUCGCAGAAUAAAUCCGACGUUUACAGAGAACACUCUAGAAACUCUACCACCCCCGCUGCCUUGCAAAAACAUUCACAAAAACAACAGGAUGCCGAGUUGGCUUUGUUAAAGAUGGACGAUCCGCUCACCAACCAACAGAUGGAGCGCAAGAAGCUAUGGAAUUACUCGGUAGAGGAUAACCAGAAAUGGCAUGAGAAAAAUCUGUCGGUCGAACAACGGUCCAAGAAUCAAAAUGACCAAAACAUCUUGGCAGAAAGAACUUACCUAAAAAAGAUAAACGAAAUUUCUAAGAAAAAAUUAUCUUUGGGUAUCAAAGAUGCCAGCGUUGAUUCCAAUGAUGGGGAAUAUCAGUUCGAUCAUCAACCUUCUAAACAAACCAUUGAAUUGUACACUGGGAGUUUACAAUCCUCGCAGAAUGCAAAAAUCACAAAGACGAACAAAAAUAAAUUGAAAAACGGUAAAGACACAACUUUGUAUAUUAAUAGAAAGAACAAAGAAUUCAAUGAAAAAUUGGCCAGACAUUAUGAUAAGCAUAUAGAGUGA